GCGGAAAAGACACGGCUCGGCCGAAACCAUCGACGGUCAAGGACUUGCCACGGCCAGCGCCACUACAUGCGCAACAGAUAGAUGCAAUCGACGUCGAAUGUGUCCAACGCCGCGACUGCCGCGGCAUUGUCGUCGCUAAGUAUCCCAAAUGCCAAGGCCAUCGGGCUCUUCAACAAAAUCUCUGGUGGUCGGAAGCCUGGCACAUCAGCCGCGUCCAGCCUCGUCACUCCCACGGUCACACAGGGCGGCGUCAUUGCCGUCUCGCGCCUGAACGAGCGCACCGUGCUGGCCGACAACCACUUUCCAGACUUUUUCCAAACCGUCAAGCACACCAAGCCUCAAAAGAAGAAGUUUGCGGUGGCAGCGUCGUCGGCCACGGCACGUGGUUCCACGGUCAAGUGGACCGGCAACAACGAAAUGCAGCAGUCGGUGGGAACUGCUCCGCACACUGGUCGCCAUCAGCCAACCAACUCGUCUGCCGCUGGAGGCAGCACACGGAGACAGACUACAAUCGUUGACAAGUCCAAAGUCGCCGUGAAACUCGACACGUGGAAGGACGUCAAGAACUCGUCCGACCAAGCCAAGCUGCUUCAUCGAGGAGGGGCAGGCAUCGGCCAGUCCUCGUCUAUGGCGGCCCCAGAACGCCCAUCGACUGCCGGAGGAGGUCCCACGUCCGGUGGCCUCCAUUCCUUUCAAUCCCAGCAGCAGCAGGCGUCAAACAAUCACACGACCCACCCAUUGGACAAACAACCUAUCAAAGGCUACGUUCGCGCCAUCCACGACCGCGUCAACGUCCACCACGCGCCUUCCGUCGACGACGAUGCCAAGGCGUCGGUGAUAUCUGUUUCCACAUCGCAGACGCAACGCAACCGACCUCGAGGCACCACCGACCAAUCCGGACUCCGUCCGUCGGCCAAUUCCCCGCCGCGGCCGCAAAUCUUCGGGGCCGACACUUCCAAGCCAGAACCCGCCAUGUCCAUUGUGCACACGAUCGACAAAUCCAACCAUCGACGGGCGCCGGUGGUGGACAAAGAUGCAGAUAACGCAGACGUUUGCUUUGGGGAAACCCCCGAUGUGCCAGGAGUGCCCGUAGUGUACCGCAGCCAGCGCGCGAAAACGGCCAACCCCGAACGCCUCAACUUGGACCGACGGGCGUUGAAGGUGGUGCCCCUGCUGGACGGCGAGCACAUGCUUCGUCUGCUGAAUUUGCAAAACAACACGAUCACAGCUAUUGGCAACCUCCACGGGCUGCCGAAUUUGAUCUUCUUGGACUUGUACAACAAUAAAAUCGAGAAAAUCGAUAAUUUACACGUCGUGCCCAACUUGCGUGUGCUUAUGCUGGGCAAAAACAAACUCCAAACGAUUGAAAACCUCGCGUGUUUGCCCAAACUCGACGUCCUGGACUUGCACAGCAACGAAAUCGACAAAAUCGAAUGCCUCGACCAACUGAACGAACUGCGCGUGUUAAACCUAGCUGGCAACCGCAUCACGGUGCUAGAAAACAUCAGCACGCUGACGCUCUUGACCGAGCUGAACCUCCGACGCAACCUCAUCGACGCCAUUUCCACCACGACGCUGGGCCGACUGCCGACGCUGCAGCGGCUCUUCUUGUCCAACAAUAAACUCCCGUCCAAGGAAAGCUUACAGCCGCUGUUCCAGCUGGUGGCCCUGACUGAGCUCCGACUGGACGGCAACAAAUUCAACGAAGUCGAGAGCCCCGACUACCGGUCGCUCAUGAUCCAGAACUUUGUGUCGUUGCGCAACUUGGAUUUGAAAGCUGUGACGGAUGACGAGCGCCGCGACGCGUUCAGUUUGACUCAAAAGGCCACGGAAAAGCGCCGCGAACAACAGCGCGAAGAAAACCAAGAAGCACAGCGCGUGCGCGCGAUCACGGCGGUGCGAAAGAAAUGGGAAGAAAAGUUUGACAUGGACGUGAUGGCAGCCAACUUGGACGACCCGUGGGGGGCCACCCCCAUGUUGGUUGACAAGGCCCAGCACAUGUCGAUGAAGCGGCUGCUGGCGGCCACUGCGACCAUGGCCAACCAUGCAAGCCAUCCGAUCCAGAUCGGGUUCUCAGAGGUCGAAGUGUCGGACCAGUCGCGGACGCUGUUUGUAUAUGGCGACGCGCUGGAAGCGCUGGACAGCGUCAAGAUCCACGCGAUUGUCACUGCGAUCGUGUUCAAGUACAUUCCGUUCGACGUGAUCGCCAAGGCCGUGAGUACUAGUAGUAGUACUAGCAGCAACAACGUGUACCUCCAGAGCUUCACUGCACUCAAGCACGUGCAUUUCGCCUACAACCAACUCACAUCCCUCGACCAACUGCAUUGGGUCGCCAGGCUCGGCUCCCGUGCCGAAGAGGUAACCAUCUCACACAACCCCGUGUGCCACUUGCGGCUGUUGCGACCAUAUGUCAGCCACACGUUGAAAAAUGUCCAAGUGCUCAACGGCCAGCCCCUGUCCCUAGAAACCCAGCUCAUGGGUGAACGCUUCUUCGACAUGGCCCUUCAACCUCCCCAUCCAUCGCCCUCGUCGGUGCCGCGGAAGGGCCUCCCACAGCAGCCGCUGCCGCCCAUGCUGCGUCAGGGCAGCUGCGCCAUGGAUCGCACUACAAAUGCACUCAUCAGCAAGUACUUGACAGAGGCCACGCGAGUCGACGAGCAACUCAAGUACAUGAACGACAAGUGGCACUCGAUGGUGUACGACGUGAUCAAGGAAACGCUGGAAGAGGUCGAAGACAUGGACAAGUACAUGUCGAAAUGCCUCGACCGAUUGUGACGAUAGAAUUAUAUAUAAAAAUAUUCAACAUCUUGACACGACAAAG